ACACUGUAGCAGGCAAACCAUAUUACCAGCAUCGGCCAUUAAAACUCUUCCCACACCAAGCGUGGGCUGACUUCGCCCCCUCCCCUCUUUGCACACACCCCACCACCCACCCUUCAAUUUUCAAAUGCUUAAAAAAAAAGAGAAGAGAAAGAGACUGAAAAAAGAAAACAGGAUGCUUCUUUUGUUUCAACGCUAUUCCAGAGAGACCUGAACCUCUCCACCUGCCUGUGAAUUGGCCACCUAAAGGUUGUUACUGUGAAACCAAUGUAAAAAAAAAAAUACUUCCUACUUCGAAUCUGUUUCAAGUCUUUGUCCUCGUUUCUCUCUGCUUGUAUGAACUAUUGACAGAAAUGAGACUUCUGCUGCUGAAAUGCCUGGCUCAAUAAAAGAUACGUGAGUACAUGGCAGACAACCUUUGAAAUGGAGGCACAGAAGCAUCCUGGUGUGACUUUUGCACUAGCAGAUCAGCCACUUCCAACCUCUUCUCUUCAGCCUGCACAGGGUUCUUCAGCUCUCAGCCAAAACAGUGUGAUUCCUCAACAGGAGCAAGCGCUGUCUCAACCUGUGUAUCUAAAAACCCUCACUAUACCCCUGUAUCAACCCGUCCAGCCUGGAUGCUUUCAGCCAAACAGUCAGUUAGUGCCUGGCAGGCGCUGUGUAAAUCUAGACAGCAGUAGCAUACCUUUAAUCCUGAAUCCACUUGUUCCUUCAGAAGGCACAGAUCAGCCCCAGUCAGUUUUUCAGAAACAAUUUGGGCAAACUCUAACGUUAAACAUAGUAAGCACUUUACCAGUUUUAUCAUCACCAAAUUCUUCUGUAAAUGCAUCUACUGGAAGCCCAGGAAAAACAAAAAAUGCUGGGAAAUAUAUCUGUAAACACUGUGGACGAGACUGUUUGAAGCCAAGUGUCCUUGAGAAACAUAUUCGCUCUCACACAGGAGAGAGACCCUUUCCAUGCACCACUUGUGGUAUUGCAUUUAAAACUCAAAGCAAUUUAUACAAACACAGAAGAACGCAGACACAUGUCAACAAUACCAGACUACCCUCUGAUUCUGACAACACUGGUGUAUUGGAGCAAAAUGAGAAAGUAACAGAGAGCACCACAUCACAGCAAAGCACCAAAUUACAUGGCAGCAUCUGUGAAGACAAGGGGACGCAGAUGAAAAAAGCGACUUUGGAGACCAGUGAUGUAACAGACACUAAGAAACUUAAUGACCUUUCAGUGCCGGCAACAAGCAAUUUAUCACUUGCUUCAGAAAAUCCAGAAAGAACUAAUCAGUCCUUUAGUUCAAAGACUGAGCAGGGGGUUCCUGAAAAAGAACCUCAAGGUUUAUCAUCUCCAGUGGCUUUGCCAAAUGGUCAGUGCCAGAGAAAGAAGAUACAGGAGCAAAUAAGUCCAUCUGCCAAUAGGCACAUUCAGUUGCAAAGGCAGCAAGCAACCUCUUCAGAAAAACAGUGGGAUUACAAGCCAUUUGACUGCAAGCUAAAGAAGUGUGAGAGCACCGACUCAGGGUAUCUGUCACGCUCUGAUAGCACAGAACAACAGAUGGCAUCCUCCAGCCCGCUGCACAGUCUCUAUGAACACAGCACUGAACUGGAAAAUGAAACUGCCUUCAGCAGCUUAAGGUGCACUGCCGGAAGCAGUGCAAAGCUAGACUCAGCUGAGAAAGCUACAGCCUUGACGCUAGAGAAAAAGAGGCUGGAAGAACACAUUUCAAAACUUAUUUCUCAUAACAAAAUUGUGGUAGAUGAUACUCAGCUAGACAAUGUUAGGCCCAGAAAAACCAUCCUUUCUAAACAGGGGAGCAUAGAUCUGCCAAUGCCUUACACAUACAAAGACUCUUUCCAUUUUGACAUCAAAACUUUUGAUGUGAAUAGGAAAAAGAACCUUUCUCUUUGUUCUGCUAAAUCUACCUUUGCACCCCUAGAAAAAUGCAAGCCGAUGUUUUUUCAUUCGGUGCCCACCCAGUUCUCCACGACGAUAGACGCUGUGCCUGUCACACGAAGCAACUCUUUGCCAUUUGUGGAAGGCACAAGAAUGGUACAUGACAAAGCAGGCUGCUCAAAACCACUUUCUCUUACUAAGCAGUCUGUAACUGCAGGCACUGCUAGUUUGCUGCCUAGCAACAACCUCGUUGCAAAUUCGGUGGAUUUUCCUAAUAGCCAUCCUCGAGCUCUAGUCAGACAAACAGCAGUGGAUGACUUGCCACUAAGUAACGCGGCUGAUCCUCCUCCCUCGGAAGAGUUGCAAGCAAGUAAAAAGCCUGGGGCUGGAGAAGUAGUCAGCGCUAAAAAUAAGAAAAACAAUCAAAGGAAGCUGAAGAUGUUCUCUCAAGAAAAAUGGCAAAUGUAUGGAGAUGAAACGUUUAAGAAAAUCUACCAAAAAAUGAAAAGCAGUCAAAAUGCCAAGAAAAUGAAACAACGGGGGAAUAAGAUUACAGAUAUUGCAGGCUUCACUCCUGAUUCAAAGGAAUCUAUCAGCAGUACUGAAAUUACUGAGGAAAGAGACGUCAGGAGCUCUCCAAGUGACAGUCUUUCCUCCCUCGUGACAACAGAUUUAAACACUGUUAAAUCAGAAACCUGUACUAAUGGUAAUCAUACUCUACAGAAUGUGUCCUCGGAGGAAACUGCAGACAGUUUAACUUAUGUAAUGGAGACAUCACAUUCAGUAACCGCUAGUGCACAUGGUGUAAUGAGCACAACUUCCCAAGAUCUCAGUGGCAGUGAGACAGACAAAUGCACAGGUGGCAACAACACAUCACUAGCUCCAAGCAGUUGUGAGCUCAGGCUGCAAAAUACUCAGUGUCAACUGAACGCUAGCAGAAUGAAGGAUGACUGCUUGCCAGUACAGAGUAGCAAAUGGGAGGAAUUGAGUCCUGGGAAAGAAUCCAGUACAUUUGAAUCCGAUUAUAAAAGCACUUCAAACAAUUAUGGAAACCAAAACAGGAAUAAGGAAACUGGCCAGCAUGCCCUGACGCCCCUGUGGGUCCACUGCAGCAACAACAACAGAGAUACCCCGGGGAAAUCCCAGAAUUUGCCGUCAGAAAGAAAAAAGCUGAAAGUUGAAGUGGAGAAACAAGAAAACAUUAUUUCAAAGCCCUGUUCUGGUCCCAGUAGUGAGAACAACACAGUAAAUGAAGUAGAGAGAAUCUGUUGCACUAUCACUCAAUGUCUUUCCACAGUACCAGUGAAAUUCUCCAGUAAAACAGAGGAGCAAAAAAUAAGCAUAGGAAUUAAUGAAUCAUCUGGAGGUGCUGAGAACGUGGAGUAUAUGAAAACAACCAGACUCCCCACAAAAGCUGUUAAUUAUAGUGGUUCUAACCUUCUUUCACAUUCAGCAGUUAUCUCAAAAACUUCAUCUGUGGGAUUUUUGGGGCCUGAAUUAAGGGGAAGCAAUUGCAAUUCUUUAGCCUUGCACAAUGCAACAGAUAAAGAUGUCAAAACAUGUCUUGUGAAAACAGGAAUACCACUUCUCAGUGACAACACUGGCGAUGCACCUUCCAAACUUCAUCAUCUGCAAUCUGGUCAGUUAACUCCGGUCCCACAGAAAAAUGCCUUUCCUCCAAAAUAUAUCCUUAAAUUGCCACAAGACAAAAAAGCCUCAGAUCUGUCAAUUCUCUUUAAGCCUGAACAGAAGAUUACAUCUGUGACAGACACCUUAACCAAUCCACCCUGCUCUUCUGACAGUGGAUCACUCUGUUCUCAUUCUACUGAUGUGCUUUGGUCCCCUGUAAAAUUUGAAGUGAGACAAAAGGGCAGCAAGGGAGAGCUGAAAUGGAAUGUACAUGCAAACUUGAAAACUCCAGUAUUUUGCUCACCAGUCAAUUCAGAAACAACAAAUAUUUUAACCACAGUAGGCAGCACAUUUUAUAAGCAGGAAAUUAAGAGAGAAGCUUGGAAAAAUAAGCAGAACAAAAAUAAAUUAAAUUAUCAAAGGCAAACAGAGGAGAAGUGGAUAAGCAUAACCACUUCUGCACAGACCCCAAAGAACAAAAUAUGCUUUACCUCUAAGUAUUCAAGUGGUUUUUUCAUAUCAGCUGACAUCAAAGAAGAAAAUAAAGUUUUACAUCACCUUUGGUCAGGAAGUGAUGCUUCAAUGACAGCAUCAGGCCACAGGGGAACUUCUAGCAAGGACACAGAGCCAACAUCCAUAGGACAGGACACACGUGGAAGCCCAGGCAUUCUUAAGGACAUGUCACCAACACUGCAGGAUAUGGAGCAUUCUCAGAGCUCAACAGAGAGCUCCACUUAUUUUUGCCAUUCCUUUGGCACAUUUUAUUGCCACACUCUCACCACUCACUGUAAAGAAUUCCCAGCACUACCCAACAAUAGCCUGACUUACUACUCUGCAAGUUUAACAGUAUCAAGCACCAAGAGCACCUUCCCAUCACUAAAUGCUGAACCUCGGUUAACGUGGUGCUGUUUAACCAAAAGCCUUCCUCUGCCUGCUGAGCAGAAGGGAAAUGCAGACUCUGCUUAUUCCUCCAUGCACACCUGUUACAAGGAAUCUAGCAAUGAAUGCACACUCUCAACAUAUGAUAUUUCUAUUUUCAAAAUGAAAAAUAUUAACAAGACUGUGGCCUAUGGCUUAACAAACAAGAAUUUAAAAACACUGGUUUCAUCCUUUUCUCAAGGACAACAGAUUCAGGAGUUAAGCUCAGCAGCUGCUGGUGGUGCUUUCAAAAAUACAUCAGAGCAAAAGAAGAAAACAGCACUUUGCAAAAAGGAAAAAAUUACAACAAAUAAACUCAAGAGAAGCCACAAACAGAACAAAAUUAAACUCCCCCCAAAAUGGUACAGAGGAAGGCAUGUACAUGGAUAUGCUCAGCUGAAAAUGAAUCGACUAAGCAAGAGGCACUGUUUUCCAAACAGAACAUGGGAUGUUUUGAAAAAGGGCUAUUCAUCACAACCCUGUAAAUUUAAUCAGUAUAAGAAGUGCCAUUCCCUUCAAGCAAAAGUACAAGAAAAUUACCUACACCAGCAAAAAGACUCAUCUUGUUCCACCUCAGACAAGCCACUUUGCAGUAGGAAGAAAGAAGGAAAGAAUACCUCAGGAAUAUUUUCCUAUACUGAAAAUCUAAACCACGCUAAGCAAAAAGACAAAUUGGAUAAAAAAGACAUUUCUGGGCAAAUCAGGGAACACACAAGAAGAAACUUCUCAUUUCAGAACAUUAUACCACCUCUGGAAGUAUCUAUGACAACUCAUUCCUUUUCAUCCACGGUUAAUACAGCCAUGCAGCAAGUCAGCAGUGCUGUGGAAAUCUGCUGUUCAGUGACACAGCCACUUGUGCUUCAACAAUCAGUUCCAGGGGAGUCAGAGACAAACGUUCAGGCUGACUCAAUGGCGUCUUCUUUUUGGUCUCGUCCUUUUGACUUUAGAAAUAUAGGCACAGGUGAGCAAUCUGAUAGCACAAACUCAGAGGCUGCUGGUCCUCUUUCCUUACAUCUAGAGGCAAGCCAGGAAAGUAUAUUAAAGGUGCAGUCAGAGAGUCAAAGAUCUGGUACAUCAGAUCUGGUGAUCCAGGCCUCAAGAAAGGAGAAAUGUCCAGUUGAAGAAAAUAUAUAUUCAUCUUCUAUGGAAAACUCAGCUCCUAGUUCCCAACCUGGAUGUUCUCGUUCAUUAGGAUCAAAAGCAGAGUUUCCUCCUGAGUCAGUCUCUACAGCUAAAUUACCCAGUGUAGAACACACAGAACGGGAAAACUUUUCUCAAAAAGUCCUUCACCUUCAUGGAACUUCUGACAAGAAUGGAACCCCCCUGCAGUCAGAGAGCUAUGGAAGGACACACAGAACAGCUACUUCUACUUUUAAAAAGCCCUCAGUAACUCUCAGGUCUCCCGAAUUCAAGAAUUACUCUGCAACACCUUCCAAGAUAUACAAAAAGAGAGGUUUAGAGAUGAUGAGGAAGCAAACCAGAGUUGAAUAUGACGACACUAGUAGUGAUGAUGAAGAUAGGCUUGUUAUAGAAAUAUAGACAGGCUGCUAAUAAGAUGUUUGUAUGAUGGCCCAUUACAGAAGGAAAUACUGUGGAUGUUUGAUCUGUAUUUCUGAAGCACCUUAAGAUCAGAAAAGCCAUUCCUCGGUGCAACAGGCAGCAUUCUUUUCUGAAGAGAGUCCUCUAUUUCUACUUGGAACUUUUUUAAAGCUUAUUUGAAACAAAAGGGGGAGCUGGCAUCAUUUAUUUAAAUGCAAACGGUAAACCUGCAUAGGGGUUUCUAGCCUUGUUAACCUUCUUACCAGUCUUAUAUAAUGCCCACAAGUGCCAGCUGCCAGAGGUUAUAUUAUUAAAAGACAGCAGUGUAUUUAUGUAAAUACACACAGUAACAGUAGCAGCAGCUUCCUCAAUAUAUAAGCUAAGAUUUCCUGGAAGGGUAUGGGUGUAUUCUCUCCUAUAUUCUCUUUUUCUGUAGUCACUGCCAUUUGUACUGGGAGUGAUAAACUGGCAUUAAGGAGAAGAUACACUGCCUAAACGUCUGUGGUAAUGAAUGAAAGAGUCUGCAAAAAUGCUGAUCUUUCUCCAUGUUGCACAAAUGUCAAUGCUUCUUUGUGACAAAUGACACAAGCACGCUUUGCUUUGUGUUUUGUGCCUUUUAUGCCAAUAUCUACUCAAAUAUUCUUGAUUUCUAGUUGGAGAAUAUGGAUGUUAGCUAUUAAUAUUUCCUUGUGGCAUAACUUUUGACAAGGAUCAUCACGUUGUGCUCCAACCAAUAUAAUCUGGCAUGUUCUGUUUUUAUUGUAAUCUUAAAUUUAAGUGCAAUGAUGUUAUUUUAUUGACAGUAAAGAAGCUAUAUGGCAUAGCUCUCCUAGUUCUCUCUCUCUCUCUUUUUUUUUUUUUUUUCGUUUAACAAAAAGUUUUGUGCUAUCAACCCCCAAAUUUACUGGUUUCUAUGUGAAUAAAUUAUUAGAUAGUUUAAAUUGGCCAAGUGUAUUCACUUACUUGAUUAAACUGAUAAACAUUAAAACUCUCCACUUCUACACUUGGGUUUUAUGGAUAAAAUUACAUGGAAUAUUUGGAAUUGUUUUUACUUUAUUUAUGCACAGUUUAGCUUACAUACAUCUUAUAGGGAGAUCUAGUAUACGACAGGAGAACAUAAAUGUAUACGUGAAAAACAAUGCCAAAACAGCUAACAGAUGUAAAAUCAAGUGCUAAGUUCCAUGCAAUUUCUGUAUUUUCAGCUGGCUUACAAAUGUGACCAUUCUUGAAACUAUCCAUACGGAACUUCACAGUUAGCUGUGAUUUAUGUUUGUACAUUUACUAAUGUACAGAAAACAAAAAUUGUGAUCAAAUCAUUAUACCAAUUCCUACUUCUAACGUAAGGAAAAAAAAAUGAAGUUAGGAAAAAAUAUCUACUCUUUCAGAACAGAGGAUGAGCUGUGAAAGGUAUUUUUUCAUUUUUAGAAAUGUUACCGUAUUGCUCCUUAACACAGACUUUUCAGUAGCAUUACACAAAUAAUUGGUGUCAAGAUUGUGAGGAAAAAAUCCAGGAAUAUUAGUUGAAGAUUUUCCUUUUCAUGCUUUACUUGUCAUUUACAAAGUGCUGAGAUUUUACAACAAUGGUAUUAAUACUAUUCUGCUGGGUUGUGAUCAGAAUUUGCAGUUCAGAAAUACAGUGAACCAGUCCGUUUUCUUACUACAUUUUAUGGUAAGCUUCUGUAAAUUUCAGUUACAUUUCUACAUACAAUGAGAGGAUAAGAUGAAGUAACAGCUUGCUUAACUUAGGAAGCCUUGUAUUCAGAGGUCAGCAAGCAUGGGGAUAUAGUUGAAGAAUGAAUGACACUGACCAUGGUGGAUUGCAAGGCCCUGUAAAUCGUGUAUUUUGUUGACUGAGAAACAGUACAAAAAAUACCAAUUUGUUUAGGGUGGUACAGAUGAAUAAGAACGAUAUACUUGUAGAUUGUUUUUAUAUUGUUAGAUUUUUUCUUUAUAUUGUUAGAUUUUUUCUUUAUAUUGUUAAAUUAUUUUAUCUUAGUAAAAAUAAAACAUGAAUCAAAAUAACACCAAUA